AUGGCGGAGCGUGGUCAACUCCCUUUCCCCGUUAAGCGCCUCUGCUGCAGACCUGGCUAUGGUUCGGCCAGUAGGCCAGGCCAACAGGCAGGCGGUAUUGGCCUCAGCAGUGGGGUGCUCUGCGCCGGACCCUCCUCCGCAACUGCUACUGUAGCUGCUGCCGCUCUGGGGCUGCUACCGUUCGGCAAGACCCAGAGCCCCGAGUCCCUGCUGGACAUCGCGGCUCGCAAGGUGGCGGAGAAGUGGCCUUUCCAGCAGGUGGAAGAGCGGUUCGAACGGAUCCCAGAGCCGGUGCAACGCAGGAUUGUCUACUGGUCUUUCCCCCGCAGCGAGAGGGAAAUCUGCAUGUACUCCUCCUUCAACACCGGCGCCGAGGACCUUACCGCCGCCCCCGGGGGGGCCGCCGGCGGUACCGCGCCCGGUGGGGGCGCGGAUGCCGUCGACGAGAGCCGCCUGCCCUUUCGCCGGGGCAUCGUUCUGCUAGAUGGCGGCUAUGUCGAUAAUGUCCUGCAAGUCGGUUUCCAUUUGAGUGGCACUGUGACAGACCCUGCAAUGCAAUCGGAGCCAGAAAUUGUUUGCAAUGUAGCUAUCAGCUUUGAUCGUUGCAAGAUUACCUCAGUGACCUGUAGCUGUGGAAACAAGGACAUAUUUUACUGUGCCCACGUUGUUGCACUCUCUUUAUACCGGAUCCGCAAGCCAGAUCAGGUCAAACUGCAUCUUCCCAUUUCAGAGACACUGUUUCAAAUGAACAGAGACCAACUACAAAAAUUUGUUCAGUAUUUGAUCACAGUGCACCACACAGAAGUUUUGCCAACUGCUCAGAAAUUAGCAGAUGAAAUUCUUUCUCAGAAUUCAGAAAUCAAUCAAGUCCAUGGUGCUCCUGACCCAACAGCAGGUGCUAGCAUAGAUGAUGAAAACUGCUGGCAUUUGGAUGAGGAACAGGUCCAAGAACAGGUUAAACUCUUCCUCUCCCAGGGUGGAUAUCAUGGAUCUGGGAAGCAACUUAAUUUGCUUUUUGCAAAGGUGCGAGAGAUGCUGAAGAUGAGAGAUUCAAAUGGAGCUCGCAUGUUGACAUUGAUAACAGAACAGUUCAUGGCUGACCCUCGUCUGUCGCUUUGGACACAACAAGGAACUGCAAUGACUGACAAGUAUAGGCAACUCUGGGAUGAACUGGGUGCUCUGUGGAUGUGUAUAGUCUUAAAUCCCCACUGCAAGUUGGAGCAGAAGGUCAGUUGGCUAACACAGCUGAAAAAAUGGAAUGGUGUGGAUGUUUGUCCCUGGGAAGAUGGAAACCAUGGAAAUGAGCUGCCCAAUUUAACCAAUGCUUUGCCUCAGGGUGCAAAUGCUAACCAAGAUUCAUCAAACAGACCACAUCGGACGGUGUUCACUAGAGCCAUAGAGGCAUGUGAACUGCACUGGCAGGACAGCCACUUACAGCACAUUAUCAACAGUGACCUAUACACCAACUACUGUUACCAUGAACACACUGAAAACUCACUCUUUGACUCUCGAGGGUGGCCCCUCUGGCAUGAACAUGUUCCUACAGCCUGUGCGAGGGUGGAUGCGUUACGAUCUCAUGGAUGCCCACAAGAAGCACUGAGGCUAGCAAUAGCUAUUGUUAAUACACUAAGAAGGCAGCAGCAGAAACAGCUGGAAAUGUUCCAGGCUCAGAAGAAAGAACUUCUUGAAAUAGGAGUAACCUCAAUAACAAAUCUUGAAGGUUGGGUGGGACAUCCUUUGGAUCCAAUUGGCACCCUCUUCAGCAGCCUAAUUGAAGCCUGCAGCGUAGAUGAUGAGAGCUUCCAUGGAUUCUCAGACUUCACAGAGAACACGGGGCAAUGCAAAUCUCUGGAGUACCAGCACCUGCCUGCACACAAGCUUUUAGAAGAAGGGGAAUCUUAUUUAACGCUGGCUGUGGAAGUAGCAUUGAUAGGGCUGGGACAGCAACGAAUAAUGCCAGAUGGCUUGUAUGCACAAGAGAAGGUUUGUCGAAAUGAGGAACAGCUCAUUUCUAAGCUACAGGAAAUUGAAUUGGAUGAUACUCUGGUGAAGAUUUUUCGAAAACAAGCAGUCUUCCUAUUAGAAGCUGGACCAUAUAGUGGUUUAGGUGAAGUCAUCCAUCGAGACAGUGUUCCAAUGCACACAUUUGCCAAGUAUCUUUUCACCUGUCUCCUACCUCAUGAUGCUGAAUUGGCAUUCAAAAGUGCACUGAGAGCCAUGCGGUUGCUAGUAUUGGAAUCUAUGGCUCCUUUGGGAGAUACAUCCCGUCCACACCACAUUGCAUCAGUUGUUCCAAACCGGUAUCCCCACUGGUUCACCCUAAGUCACAUCGAAUCCCAGCAGUGUGAGCUGGCAUCUACCAUGUUGACAGCAGCCAAAGGUGAUGUUCAGAGGCUGGAAACAGUGUUAGAAUCCAUUCAGAAAAAUAUCCACUCCUCAUCACACAUCUUCAAACUUGCCCAGGAUGCAUUUAAAAUAGCAACACUCAUGGACAGCUUACCAGAUAUCACUCUUCUGAAAGUUUCUCUGGAGUUGGGACUUCAGGUGAUGCGGAUGACACUGUCAACAUUGAAUUGGCGACGACGGGAAAUGGUGAGGUGGUUAGUAACAUGUGCAACAGAAAUAGGUGUUUAUGCACUGGACAGUAUAAUGCAAAACUGGUUUACACUUUUCACACCAACAGAAGCUACUAGCAUUGUUGCUACAACAGUGAUGUCCAACAGCACCAUUGUCCGUCUGCAUCUGGACUGUCAUCAGCAGGAGAAGCUGGCCAGCAGUGCUAGAACACUUGCUCUACAGUGUGCCAUGAAGGAUCCUCAAAACUGUGCCCUCUCUGCACUGACUCUGUGUGAAAAGGAUCACAUAGCUUUUGAGACCGCUUACCAAAUCGUUCUAGAUGCUGCUACAACCAGCAUGAGCUACUCACAGCUUUUCACUAUAGCACGAUACAUGGAGCACCGUGGUUACCCUAUGCGGGCCUAUAAGCUGGCCACUUUGGCCAUAACGCAUCUCAACUUGAGUUACAAUCAGGACACACACCCUGCCAUUAACGAUGUUCUCUGGGCAUGUGCACUCAGCCAUUCUCUUGGGAAAAAUGAGCUAGCAGCUUUAAUACCUCUGGUGGUCAAAAGUGUCAAGUGUGCAACAGUGCUGUCAGAUAUUUUGCGCAGGUGUACUUUAACCACUCCUGGCAUGGUGGGACUUCAUGGAAGGAGGAAUUCUGGUAAGCUCAUGUCACUGGACAAAGCCCCUUUAAGACAACUCUUGGAUGCCACGAUCGGAGCUUACAUUAAUACAACUCAUUCACGUCUCACUCACAUCAGCCCACGACACUAUAGUGAGUUCAUAGAGUUCCUCAGCAAGGCCCGAGAGACCUUCUUAAUGGCUCAUGAUGGACACAUACAAUUUACACAGUUUAUUUAUAACCUAAAACAAAUCUACAAAGGCAAAAAGAAACUGAUGAUGUUGGUUCGUGAGCGGUUUGGUUGA